AUGUAUAAUCAUAAACGACACAGUCCCACAAACGACACAGUUUCCCACAAACCCGGAAAAACAAGUCCCAAACGACACAGUUUCCCAAAAGCCCCCGUCCCCCCAAAAGGCACAGUUUCCCCCCCAAAAGACACACCCACAAACGACACAGCCCACAAACACCCCAGUCCCCCCAAAAAGGCACCGUCCCAAAAAAACGACACAGUCCCCAAACGACACAGGGCCCCCCCACCCCCAAAAGACACAGCCCCAAAAAGACACGUCCCACAAACGACACAAAUCCCACAAACGACAAAAGUCCCAAAAAACGACACAUCCCCCAAACGACACAGUUUCCCCCAAACGCACAAAUCCCAAAAAAACGACAAAACCCGGCCCCCAAACGAAACCAGUCCCACAAAAGACACAGUCCCCCAAAAAGGGCACAGUCCCCAAACGACACAGUCCCACAAACGACACAGUCCCACAAACGGACACAGUCCCACAAACGACACAGUCCACAAACGAAACCGUCCCACAAACGACACAGUCCCCCAAAAAGACACAGUCCCCCAAAAGAAACAGGGCCCACAAAAAGACACAGUCCCCAAAAAACGCACAGUCCCCAAAAAAACCCCAAAUCCCACCCAAAAGACACGUCCCACAAAGACACAGUCCCCAAACGACACAAAUUUCCCCCAAACCCACCAGUUUCCCCCAAACGACACAGUCCCCCCCCAAACCAAAACAGUCCCCCCAAACGAACCAAAGUCCCACAAACGGGCACAGUUUCCCCCCAAAGACAAAAAGGUCCCCCCAAAAAGACACAGUCCCCACAAACAAACAGUCCCACAAAAGAAAAGUCCCACACAAAAAGACCAAAAGUCCCCCCAAACACACAGUCCCCCCAAACGGAACAGUUCCCAAACGACACAUCCCAAAAAACGACACAGUCCCCAAAAAGACACGUCCCACAAAAAGACACGUCCCCCAAACGAAAACAGUCCCACAAAAGAAACCAGCCCCCCAAACGACCAAAAGUCCACAAAAGACAAAGUCCCACAAACGGAAAAGUCCCCCCGACACAGUCCCAAAAAAACACAGUCCCACAAAAAGACACAGUCCCCCAAAAGACACAGUCCCCAAACGACACAGUCCCCCCAAACCCCAGUUCCCCAAAAAGAAAACGGCCCCCAAACGGGCACAGGCCCACAAAAGAAAACAAAUCCCAAAAACCCAAAGACACAGUCCCCCCAAAAGACACGUCCCCCCAAAAAAGGGCACAGUCCCCCCAAAAAGAAACAGUCCCCCAAAAAGAAACAGUCCCAAAAAAAAGCACAGUCCAAAAACGACCCAAAUUCCCCCCAAACAAAACAGUCCCCCCCCAAACCCCCAAACGACACAGUCCCACCAAAAGACACAGUCCCCCCAAAAAGGGCCCUGUCCCCCCCAAAAGUAACAUUAAAGGGGAGGAAACCAGGGAACAGGGAAGAUUUUCGGGUUACAAGUGUUUCAGGGAGUAACAGGGAAAACCCAAAAACGUAG